AGUUAGUUUCGAAUUGAUCCAAAAUGAAAACGGUUUGCUGUGUUCUCUUAAUAAUUUGUUUAAUUUUUGCUAUUCAAGCAGAACCAAAUAUAGAAAAACAGGACAAUCGACCUCAUUAUUCCAGAUCAAUCAGUGCAAUGGUUGAAUUACUGGAUUUGAGCAAUAGUUCGGCAGCUAAUCUCGAACUAUUAAAACUAACUUUGGCCAAUAAAAUCGCUGUAAUAAAAUUGGGUAUCGAGAAUAUGAAAGCUAGACAUAAGAAGGCAGCACAGAAUACGAGUGAUUACUUGAAAAAUUCUUUGAAUAGUUUCUCCCUCUUGCGUCAUAUGCAAUCUGAUUGGCUGUAUUGGCAGCUUUAUAUGGAAAACGCCAAUUCGUUUCAACUUAGUUAUAUGGAAGAGGUAAAGUCAUAUCUGCCUCAAUCAAACGACUUUAUCGAUGCAGCGGAGGGCUUAAGACGCCUCCAGAAAGUCUACCAGAUGUCAUCCUUAGAUAUGGCGAAUGGACAACUUGAUGGCGUACAGUACAAUUCUACUUUCACCCCUUUAGACUGUUUUGCCUUGGCGAAGUACAAUUCUGACAACAGAUUUUGGCAAACCGCUGAACAGUGGUUGAAUGCCACAAUCUCGAGAUUCGGUCAACCAAACCAUCGACCGGAAAUCCACAAACUUCACGGUCUUCGCUUGGAUGCGGUUUAUGAUGAAUUGGCUAGAGUUCGCCUUAAUCAAAAUAAAUAUGCGGAGGCUUUGCAUGCCCAACGAAAAGCUCUUGAGUUGGCUCCCAGAGAUGCCAAUUUAUUGCUUAAAUUUCACUCACUGCAAACACAUAUACUCACUUUUCCGUAUAUCUCUAACACUUCCUUUGAGGCUGAGAAUCAUGCUUCUGUUAUUGAUGUCCUUCCAUAUUGUUGUAGUGGCAAUUGUGAGGUAGAUAGGGAGUUUCAGCUCUUUUGUCUUUACAAUACGAAAGAUGCAUACUUUCUUCGAAUUGCACCAGUCAAAAUGGAGAUAUUAUCCCUCAAUCCUUAUAUAGUGCUUUGCCAUGAUGUUAUUUUACCUAGCGAGCAAGAAUUCCUUAAAACACAAUCUAGUAAACGACUAGAGGGAGCCAGAGCUCUUGAUCAAGUCAAAAAUGAGGUAGUUUUCAACUUUAUCCGUACUUCGAAAGCGACGUGGCUUAAGAAAAAUUCGGAUAAUGUCACCCGUCGGUUGAGUCAUUGGAUUGAAGAUGUAUCGAAUUUGGAUUCAAAUAUUGGAGAUCUCUAUCAGAUCAUUAAUUAUGGUGUAGGCGGACUUUUUGAAGCCCAUUCGGAUACUAUGCGCAAAGAUGAGGAUCGAUGGAAAGUACUUUAUGAUCGAAUCGCAACAUUCAUUUUCUACCUUCAAGAUGUACCACAGGGUGGAGCUACGCUAUUCAACAACUUAAAUUUGACUGUUUUCCCAAAGGCAGGUGCUGCUUUAUUCUGGUUUAAUCUGGAUAACGCAGGGGACACAGAUUUGUUUACUGUACACACUGGUUGUCCGGUUAUAGUAGGCUCCAAAUGGAUAAUGACAAAAUGGGUUUAUGAUCUGGGACAAGAGUUGAGAGUACCUUGUCCUCGAAUAUAAACUGAUUCAUAUGCUUUACUUUGUGUUAAAAAUACUUAAGUGGCAAUGAUCUUAAUUAGCAAAGAAAGUUCGUUUCAAUUUUCUGAAUUGGACAUCAAUGGAAUUAGUAACAUUUUUAGUUAAAAAGAGAACUUCAAGUUAAUGAAUAUCUGAAUUAAAAGAAGUAAAAUACAUAUAAUAAAUUUUG